AUGGAAGCGUCGAGCUCUACAAUACCACAACCUCCCGCUACCCCAUCGCAUCAAUCUCUUCUUCCGGCAUUAUCACCUUCAGCCGCGAUUGAACAGACUCCCGCGCCAUUGCAUACUCUCCCAGCUCACUUACACACCCAACCACCACCCCCACAACCUCGAUUAGGUCCAUCAUCUACCCAACAACAACAGCAACAUAGCAUGCAACCUCCAGCUCAACCUUCUAACGGUCAACAUCUGACCCAAACUCAGCAAUUACAACAACAACAUCAAAACGUCUUUGGAAGUGUAAUGGGUUCAGGACCAGGUCAAGGACCGUCCACUUCGUCUCAAACUGGCGGUUCGGCUCAAGCCAAAGUCUACGCUAGUGUCUACUCAGGUAUUCCAGUAUUCGAAGCGAUGAUUCGAGGUAUUUCUGUCAUGAAACGAACUUCUGAUUCGUGGGUCAAUGCUACACAAAUCCUUAAAGUAGCUGGUAUUCACAAAUCAGCUCGAACCAAAAUCCUCGAGAAAGAAAUCCACCCUAGUAUACAUGAGAAAGUCCAAGGCGGCUAUGGCAAAUAUCAAGGAACGUGGAUCCCCUUUGAACGAGGUCAAGAGCUCGCUGCUCAAUAUGGCGUCACAUCGUAUCUCUCCCCGGUAUUCGAUUUCAUUCCUUCUCCAACGGCUAUUGCAGCUCUUCCUGCUAUUCGGACUGGUACCCCCGAUCGAUCAGGCCAGAAGACUCCUUCAUCAAGUAUGGCUGGAUACAACCCUUCCAUCAUGGCUGGUAAUCGAUCCGGAACAGCAAGUAACGGACGGGUCAUCUCACCUUUCCCUCAUGGUCAUGGUCAACAUCCACAAGCGAAUCAAUCAGCACCUCCACCUCCACCACCCCAAUUCAACCCUUCCAAUGGAGAUCAGAGUCAAAUGAUGAACAUCUCACCUCAUCCCUCUACAAUGGCAUAUCAAGGUCAACAACAGAUGAUGUAUUACCCUGCGCCCCAACAGCACAUGUAUCAUGGUCAGAGUGAUAAUAAACGUGGUAUAGCCAUGGCCAUGACUCCAAGCCUAAGUGGUGAUGGACACCACAACCCUUCACUCGGUCCAGCAGCGGAUAUAAAUGGUUUAGGACUUCCACCAAGUGGUGCUGAAAUGUACAUUGACCAAUAUGGCCAACCUCACGCUAAUCCCGCUUAUCCACCAAUCAAUUAUAUCAACGAUAAUGGCAUGGCUCCUCCACCUGCAAAACGUCAUAGAUCAGACGAUGGAGUAUACAUCAAUGGUGUCGAAGAAGAGCAACCAGUUCCACAAGACGGUGAAGGAGAUGUCGACGAUGCAGCUUCUGACUCGUCUGAUGAUUUGAGAGACGCUCCGCCUUUACCUUCUGCCAUGCGAUUGUCCAAUAAACCACUUCGACCCAGACCUACGUCCAACACGACGAAAAUUCGGUCGAAACUGUUAUCACUGUUCUCGUCGGAAGGGGACAUAGAUGUCCGGCAAGUUUUCGGACUGGGUCCUGACUCAACGCCAGAGUUUGACGUUGAUAUGGUCAUCGAUAACCAAGGACACACAGCAUUGCACUGGGCAUGUGCGUUGGCCAAAAUAUCUGUUAUCAAUCAAUUGAUUUCACUAGGAGCGGAUGUGCAUCGAGGAAACUUUGCAGGUGAAACACCACUGAUUCGAUCGGUAUUGACCACGAAUCAAUUCGAGACCGGGACUUUCUAUCAGUUACUUCAAUUACUAUCGCCAUCAAUCAAGACUCUCGACCAUGCAUACAGAUCUGUCGUUCAUCAUAUCUCUAUGGUGGCAGGGGUGAAAGGUCGAGCUUCUUCAGCUAGAUCAUACAUGGCAAACGUGUUAGAAUGGGUUGCGAGAGAACAACAAGCUUCUUCAUCUCUGAUGAAUGGAUCAAUAAUGGAUGGAACGAAUUCAGAUGCACCGAUAAGUCUGAAAACCUUGAUAGAUAUCCAAGAUGUCCACGGUGACACCGCUAUAAACGUAGCUGCCAGAGUAGGAAACAAAGGUCUGGUAAAUCUCUUACUUGAUGCAGGCGCAGAUAAGGGUAAAGCAAACAAAUUAGGCUUGAAACCUUCGGAUUUCGGUUUGGAUAUCGAGUCACUCAAGAUAUCGCCCGCGGAAGCUAUAGUCUCGAGUCUGAAAUCGGAGAUACCGAAACCUGAGAGAAAGAGUAGGGAUGUUCAAAAGAACAUCGCAGCUAUAUUCGAAACUAUUUCAUCGACAUUCUCCACCGAAAUGGUAUCUAAACAAACCAAACUAAACGCUACUGAACAAUCUGUCAGAGUAGCAACUAAAGCGUUGGCGGAUAAGCGACAACAGUUACAUCGAGCACAAAGUAAACUUGGUGAAUUGGAACUGAUCAAUCAGAGGAUUGACUUUUUACGUCAACAUAUUUCUUCGUCUGAUCCUACUUCGAAAGAAAAUUGGACAGGUCAAUCAUUGUUAUCGAAUGAAUCUUCACUACCUAUACCGUUUCAAACUGUUACACCGCCUUCAACGACAACGGACGAUACUCAAGUGAAAACUGAAUCCAAUGGAAAUGGAAAUGGGGAUGACGAUAUCAUAUUACCAGAAAGAGGAGAAGAAAAUUCUUUGAUCAAAUUAAGGAGAAUAAAUAUAUGGGAAGACAGAAUCUCGUUAACAUUACAGGAUAAAAUCAAUGCAUUAACCAAUCAGUCAAUGGAUAAAGCAAUCAAAUAUAGGAAGUUGGUCAGUCUAUGUACGAAAGUCUCCGUGGACAAAGUUGAUGGUAUGCUGGACGGUCUAGUGGCAGCUAUCGAAUCUGAUGGACAAGGUGUGGAUCUGAGUAGAGUAUCGGAAUUCAUCAAUAGGAUGAAAGAAGCCAUAGAGAUGGUUUAG